UGUUGUGGCUGCUUUUGAUUAUCAGGAAAGCUUCGAACAAAAUAUAAGAAUGGAUAAAAUUCUUGGUGUCAUCGCUGUAGUUGGUCAAGCUUCAAGAAAUUUUGACCCAUUAAUCACUAAUAUCAUAGAAUUAGUUAAAAGUAUUCUUGAUGUAUACGAAAAUGUUCAGUUUAAUAAGAAAAUUUGUGAUUGUUUAAUUGAUAGGGUCGAGUCUGUUGAGAUGGCUAUCAAGUCAUUGAAACGGCAUAAAGAUGAAGAUGCAAG